AUGGAUGUCGCUAUCGAAGCAUUGGCGAACCACAAGGGCAAUGUUCGUGAAGCUGCUGUUUUUCUGGUGAAGCAGGAACAGAAGCUUGCAAAGGAGAAGUUGGCAGCCCGGGACGCGGCCAAGAAAAGUGAAUCUCCGGCACUCCCAGCCCCAGCUGCCGAGCCGAAAAGGAGACAUAAGCAGAAGAAGAGUGCAGAGAAUAAUCAGAAGAAGACAGCCGAUCCUUUGCCCGCCGCAGCCCCAGCAGCUGAGCCCAUCACAUCCACGACCGACGAGCCUAAGCCGAAGGAGAAGAAAUGUGGAAAGAAGGACAAGGAGGAGGAGACACCCGAACCUUUGCCAUCCCCAACUGCCGAGCCUGUCGCACCCCCUAAGCCGAAGGAGAAGAAAGGUGGAAAGAAGGACAAGGAGGAGGAGACUCCCGAACCUUUGCCAGCCCCAACUGCCGAGCCUGUCGCACCCCCUAAGCCGAAGGAGAAGAAAGGUGGAAAGAAGAACAAGGAGGAGACUCCCGAACCUUUGCCAGCUCCAACUGCCGAGCCUGUCGCACCCCCUAAGCCGAAGGAAAAGAAAGGUGGAAAGAAGGACAAGGAGGAGACACCCGAACCUUUGCCAGCCCCAACUGCCGAGCCCAAGACAUCCCCGACCGACGAGAUUGAGCUAAAUGAGCAGAACUGUGCAACGAAGGACAAGAAGGAGAAGAAGGAUAAAAAGGAUAAAAAGGAUAAAAAGGGUAAAAAGGAGAAGAAAGACAAGGCAUCGACCGCUGAGCCGCACGAGAAGCGCAAAGCCGAAUCCUCUGAGGAGAAUCCCGUACCCAAGAAGCGUGCAACCGUGUCCACCGACACCCCGUCCCCUCGGCCGAAGAAUGACAGCCCCGAAAGCACGGAAAAGCAUCCCCAGGAGAAGCCUGUCAGAGACUUGAACCCUGAGAGCUUAGCUAAGUUCUUCGAUGCCGACACAUACCGGAAGCCUGAUGACAAGCCCAACAAGCUUAGCCAAAUGGAGCGAACCAUGACAGUCGCCAGCAUCCACCUCGAUUCACAGGAAGACUCUCAGGUCGAAAAGCAAGCGGCCCCACCUUCAGACAACGACCCAGCAGCAGCACACGCCGCGAGCCCGAAGGAUCCAUCAGCAGCAGCACCAGCGAAGACUGAAGCACUUCCAGCUGCAAACAAGCAGAGCCCAGAGGAGCACACAGCAUCGAACGACACGAGCCCCCCGAAUGGUCCACGUGGAUCCGCACCCGUGGCACCAGCACCCGUGGCACCAGCACCCGUGGCACCAGCACCCGUGGCACCAACACCGGUAGCAGCAACACCGACACCGGUAGCAACUGCAAAGGCUGCACAGGGCUCUAUGCACCCCGCAUUGGUGGCCAAAUGGAACGCAUCUGAUGAUGAUGCAAAGUUCGGUAUGCUCAAGGAAUGGAUGCUGAAUGAUGGCAAGCUUGGGGCCAUCCGUGUGGAGGAGUCGUACAAACGCAUCGUCGAGAAUACCGAGUCGGACCACUACGUCACCAUGACGGUGCUGCAACUAGAGAAGGAAUUUGGAGAUUCCCCUGAUGCACAAGAAUUUAUUGCCGAGCUCAUCUCCGGACAAAAGGGGGUUGCCCACCCUCAGGCUCCCAACGUGAAGAAAGCCCGUAUGUAUCGGGUGCUUCGGUUCUUGGUGGACGAACGCCGCAGAUCCAAUCGAACCGAGACGAGUACCACCGUCGGAGGGCUUGUUACUGAUGAUGCUGCGAAGAAGAGCAUCGCUGAGAAAAUCAAAGCUCCAUUGGCUGCCAUGGAAGGUACGGAGUACUUCGACCGAGAGACGGGAAGGAUCAAGCUAAAAAAACCAAAGAAAGAGCCUAAGGAGACGACUGCAGAAGAGAAGAUGGUUUCGGAUUACCGUGGGCUGAUCAGAAAGUUCAAGAGCUUCGAUGAGAAGAUCACCGUCGAGGGCUGCUUCAAGAAGAAUUUGAGUGCUGAGCAGCUGAAGCCCUUCUAUGACAAGUUCAUGGCACAGGCUGUUUCAAUCGACGACGAUCUUAAGGAAGAUGUCUAUGGGAUGGUGGAGGAGUUCUUGGAGUUGAUUGAUGUGAACCAAGCAUUCAAGCUGCAUUAUGUGCUAUCACGCGGAUCAACCUGGGAUCACAAGCUCUUGCUCAGCUGCUUCGACAACAACAGUGCUGGAGAAUCAACUGCUUCUGAAAUCGAUUGCUGGAUUUGCUGGGGAUUGGUUUGUGCUUUACUAGAACUGACGGCCAAAGCUGCGGAUAGCCCCUGGGCUGGUGGAAACCAAGAAAUUCGAUUGGCAGCUGCCUAUACGGAUUUUGCAGCUGCUUGCAAACGUGAGAAGAUCAGAGUCAAUCGUUAUGGUCAAGUGGCUGAGAUAUGUGACCGUGGAGCUGGCGAGCCGGAGGGCUCCUGA